GUGGGAGUACAAAAUGUCCCAGCAUCAGUGCGGUGUAGGAGAAAUAGUGCCCCAUCAUUGGUAUUAGUUAUUGCCCCAUCAUUGGUAUUAGUGGAAGGAAUAUUGCCCCAUCAUUGGUAUUGGUGGAAGGAAUACUGCCCCAUCAUUAGUAUUAGUGGAAGGAAUAGUGCCCCAUCAUUGGUGACAGUGGGAGGAAUGGUGCCCCAUCAUUGGUGUCAGAGGGAGGAAUAGUGCCCCACCAUUGGUGUUAGUGGGAAGAAUAGUGCCUCACCAUUGGUGUCAGGGGGAGGAAUAGUGCCCCAUCAUUGGUGUCAGUGGGAUCAAUAGUACCCCAUCAUUGGUAUCAGAGGAAGGAAUAGUGCCCCAUCCAUGGUAUUAGUUGGAGGAAUAGUACCUAAUUGUUUAUAUCAGUGGGAGGAGUUGUGCCCCAUCAUUGUUGUCAGGGGGAGGAAUAGCGCCCCAUCAUUGGUGUCAGUGGGAUGAAUAAUACCCCAUCAUUGGUAUCAGAGGAAGGAAUAG